AAUUCACCCUUUCCUAAUUUUUCCAAAUUUCCAGGUCUGGACACUGUCAUUUGAAAACAACCUAACAAUUAACAAACGGAGAAAAAGGAAGAAAAGCCUUUGCCCAUUGCUUCAACUCAACCUCUCUUCCACACUCUCCCACCUAAAUCCCUUUCCCACACCCCAAAUUCCACAAAUUCUCUUCCAUUUCCAUCGAUCCGUAACCGCUGUCGUUGCAAUUUCAUCCACAUUGCACUCUUCCAGGAUUCCUUUUCGUUUCAUUGGAUUCGAUCUCUGUCUUCCCAGGCGCCAGCUUCCUCUCCCACAUUGCUUCCCCGAGGUGUAAUUAAUCAAGGGGUGAGGAGUGUCGAAAACGAGCAUGCAGUGGGAGCAGGAGGGGCGGGUGAAAGGGGGAACUGACAACGUGAAUGGGUUUCCUCAGUCAGGUAGCCAGCUUGUGCCUCUGUUGAAGUGGAUAAAUGCUGUGCUUCCUAACUUUAACCUGCCUUUAGAUACUUCAGAGGAGGAGUUGAGGGCAUGUUUGAGGGAUGGAGCUGUAUUAUGCAGCAUUCUGGACAAUCUGGUUCCUGGUUUGGUGAAGGGAAGUGGUUCUUUGAAUGAGCUAAUCGGUGUGAAAAAGUUUCUAGCAGCUUUGGAUGAAUUGGGAUUGUCUGGAUUUGAACUGUCAGACCUGGAGCAGGGAUCCAUGGUGCCUGUGUUGCAGUGCCUUGAGACUCUGAAAACUCAUUUUGCUUAUAAUGCUGCACGAGAAAAUAACCAAAGUUGUUCUAGAAAGAGGUGGGAUCAGUCAAAUCAAACAUUCUUACAGGAAACUGAUAGUUGCCUCAAGGAUGCUUCAAAAUUGCAUCAUGCUGUUGAUGGUUCUGUUGUAUUAGAUGGAAUCGCUUCCGUAGAUCAUACUGGAAUAAAGUCUAAUGAACUGUUCCAGUCGAAGCAAGGAUUGCAUGUAAAUUUUUCUGAUGCUAAACUUAAUGAAGUAUUGAAAUCAAAAAAUUUGGAUAGUCUCUCGACUCGAUUGCUUUUUAAUAUAGGAAAUAGGAUCUUAAGUGAUAUCUUUGAAAGGAAGAAUGGAGAUGUACCUCUGGCUCAUCGUGCCUCAUUCCUGUUGAGGAAGAUUCUGCAAGUAAUUGAGUUGCGCUUUUCAAAUCAAGCAGAAAGCAUGAAAAAUCAAAACAAUCUUUUCAAGGCUCGUGAGGGAAAGUAUCAAACAAGAAUAAGUGCACUUGAAACCUUGGCCGUAGGGACAACUGAGGAGAAUGAGGUUGUAACAAGUUGGGUUUUGAAGUAUGCUUUGCAGGUUGAACAAACUAAAUUUGAGGAGAAGAAGAAACUUGAAGAGCAGGAUUUUUCUCGAUUGAAGAAAGAAAAAGUUCGUAGUGAAAUCGAAAUUUCUGCAUUGAAGCAAGAUUUGGAAAUAGCCAAAAGAACACAUGAAGAACAUGUUUCAGAGUUAGAAUUGCAAGCUACUGAAUCUAAAGCUGAAUAUGAAAAAAGGAUAGAGGAACUUAAACGUCAUCUUGCAGAUGCAAGAAAGAAAGUCAAGGAACUAGAGGCAUUUUCAGAAUCCAGAUCUUUGAAAUGGAAGAAUAAAGAGCAUACCUAUCAAACUAUCGUAAAUUUCCAAUUUGGAGCUUUCAAGGAACUGAAAACUGCCAUGAAGUCUAUCAAAAAUGAUGUGGUAAAAACAAAAAGAAACUACUUGGAGGAAUUCAAAUACUUUGGAAUCAAGCUGAAAGGUUUAGCUGAGGCUGCUGAAAAUUAUCAUGUAGUUCUGGCAGAAAAUAGGAAAUUGUAUAAUGAGGUUCAAGAUUUGAAAGGUAAUAUAAGGGUAUAUUGUCGAAUCAGACCAUUUCUUCCAGGGCAAAGUCAAAGCCAUACAGCAAUUGAGUUUGUUGGUGAUGAUGGAGAGCUAAUUGUCAGCAAUCCUCUUAAACAAGGAAAAGAAAAUCGCAAGCUUUUUAAAUUUAAUAAGGUUUUUGGUCAAGCAACAAGUCAAGAGGAAGUAUUCAAGGACACUCAACCACUGAUUCGAUCUGUUCUUGAUGGCUACAAUGUUUGUAUAUUUGCUUAUGGUCAAACUGGCUCUGGAAAGACAUAUACAAUGAGUGGACCUGGCCUAUCAUCAAAAUCAGAUUGGGGAGUCAACUAUCGGGCACUUCAUGAUCUUUUCCAUAUCUCCCAGAGUAGAAGAAGCUCUAUUAUUUAUGAAGUUGGAGUUCAAAUGGUUGAAAUUUAUAACGAACAAGUUCGUGAUUUACUAACAAGCAACGGUCCUCAAAAGAGACUUGGGAUUUGGAAUACUGCCCAACCAAAUGGGUUGGCUGUUCCUGAUGCAAGUAUGCAUUCUGUAAAUUCAAUGUCAGAUGUCCUUGAGUUGAUGAAUAUUGGGUUUACGAAUCGGGCAACUAGUGCCACAGCCUUGAAUGAAAGGAGUAGUAGAUCACACAGUGUUCUCUCUGUUCAUGUUCGAGGAACGGAUUUGAAGACAAACACACUGUUGCGUGGAUGUCUUCAUCUUGUAGAUCUUGCAGGAAGUGAAAGAGUGGACCGUUCUGAAGCCACCGGAGAUAGGCUUAAGGAGGCUCAACAUAUAAAUAAAUCACUAUCUGCACUAGGAGAUGUGAUAUUUGCUCUAUCACAAAAGAGUUCACAUGUGCCAUAUAGAAAUAGUAAAUUGACCCAACUUCUUCAGAGUUCGUUAGGUGGUCAAGCGAAAACCCUUAUGUUUGUACAGCUUAAUCCUGAUGUUGCUUCAUAUUCUGAAACUGUAAGCACCUUGAAGUUUGCUGAGAGGGUUUCUGGCGUUGAGUUAGGUGCUGCUCGUAGCAACAAAGAGGGAAGGGAUGUGAGAGACCUUAUGGAGCAGUUAGGAUCUCUCAAGGAUGCAAUCGCAAGGAAGGAUGAAGAGAUAGAGCGGUUACACAAGGCUAAUCAUAAUGGUGCAAAGCUUGGUACGAUAUCAGUCAGACAUGGGUCGGCAUCUCCAAGGAGACGUUCUGUAGGGACUCCCGGACGUAGCACGAGAUUUUCAGGAGCAAGGAGCUUUGGAGUCAAUGGAAAAGCAGCUUCUGACAUGGAUAACAGCUCAGAGUAUAGUGAUAAGCAUUCAGAAGCUGGUUCUCAUCAAUCAAUGGAUGAUUUCAGGAACAACAGUUCCCUUCGGUUGAAAUCAGCCGGAGAUGAUAUGAGUCAAAAUUUGAAUGAGGACAUUGACCUCUUAAGAUUUGGAGAUGCAGAUUCGGAGGAGAGAUUAAGUGACAUAUCUGAUGGUGGUCUCUCAAUGGGAACCGAAACUGAAGGUUCAAUCAGCAGUAUUGUUGAGUACACUCUUUUCCCUGAGCUCGAUAAGGCAGCUGAAACUACACCAGCAAAGGACACCACAACCAACAACCUUCCAGCUAAGAGCACAGAAAAGCCCAUUAUGCCAUCCAAAAUCCCUAGAUCUGCUCAAGUCCCACAAAAAGUGCAGACAAGACCUUCUAGGCUAUCAUUGAACAAAACCUCCUCGAAGGUUCAGUCAAGUGUUAGAAAGCCCACAGCCGGCAGCUCGUCUUCGGUGAAGUCCCUUAAACGAUGGCAAUAGUUAGGAUGGCUCUUGGAUGCUGUAGAGUGCUUAUUUAUAGAGAUAGCCGAUAGGAACUUUUAAUUUAUGUUAGGUGCUCAUUCUAAUUAUACUGUACUCAAGGCUCAUGGGUCAGCUCAUUUCAGCUUCGAUCUGUUAUUGAAUGAGGCGAUUUGCAAACUCUAGCUUGUAACUAGUUUGUAUGUAAGCAUCAUGGCCUUUUAAGCCAUAUUACUGAAUCUGCUGUAUUUACAACUUUUCACUCAGUAAUGUUAUCUGCGAUGUUGUAUAUGUA